GCAAUUUUCGCACCUCAACUGCCAAGGGACACCUCAUUAUAAAAGCAUCACCAGUGUGAAGAUAUGGCGGGUGUCAGUGCAGAGUUGAUGGCCCAACUUGAGUCCAUGGGAUUUCCAGCAACUAGGUGCAAGAAAGCACUACAUGCAACGGGCAAUACAAACGCUGACGCCGCCACUCAAUGGUUGUUCGAUCACAUAGAUGAUCCUGACAUUGACCUCGAGGAAGAUGGAGAGAAUCGUAUGGAUAGGUAG